AUGGAUGUUAACCAAGUGCUUGAAGGCACUCUUUCUCCUGAUGCCACCAUCCGCCACAAUGCUGAACAGCAACUAGCUCACGCAGCGAGCGUGGACUUUUCAGGAUACGUCACAACGCUUGCCCAGGAGCUUGCCAACGAGCAAGCUCAGCCCCACAUUCGGACUGCUGCUGGUAUUGCCUUGAAGAACUCCUUCUCUGCCAGGGAAUAUGCUCGACUACGGGAGGUGCAGGAGCGAUGGCUGCAACAGGUCGACAUUAAUGUCAAAAAAUCAGUAAAGGAUCUGGCCUUGAAGACACUCGGCUCAAACGAUGCGAGAGCUGGACAGUCUGCGGCCCAGUUUGUCUCCGCCAUCGCGGCUAUUGAGAUCCCUAGAGCUCAAUGGCCUGAGCUCAUGGCUGUGCUAGUGCAAAACGUUGGUGAAGGCUCUGCCCAUCUCAAGCAAGCCUCCCUUGUCGCCAUUGGAUUCAUCUGUGAGACAGAGGAUGGUGAUGUGCGGGAAGCACUGACGGGCCACUCGAACGCCAUCUUGACUGCUGUUGUGCAAGGUGCCCGGAAAGAAGAGUCGAAUAAUGACGUUCGUCAUGCCGCCAUGACAGCACUGUGUGACAGUCUCGACUUUGUCCGCAACAACUUCGAGAACGAGGGCGAGCGUAACUAUAUUAUGCAGGUUGUUUGUGAAGCUACGCAGGCUGGGGAUAGCCGAGUGGAGCAAGAUGCCUUUGGCUGCUUGAACAAGAUCAUGGGCCUCUACUAUGACAAGAUGAGAUUUUACAUGGAAAAGGCUUUGUUUGGCUUGACAAUUAUGGGAAUGAGAAAUGAAGAGGAAGAUGUCGCCAAGCUUGCGGUUGAAUUCUGGAGUACCGUCUGCGAGGAGGAAAUUGCGAUUGAGGAUGAUAAUGCUCAGGCCCUCGCCGAAGGCUCGACCGAGAUGAGACCGUACUUCAACUUUGCUCGGAUCGCCACCCAGGAAGUCGUGCCCGUGCUUCUUGAGCUUCUCACCAAGCAGGAUGAGGAUGCGGGAGAUGACGAGUACAAUAUCUCCCGCGCUGCUUAUCAGAGUCUUCAGCUCUACGCUCAGGCCGUCGGUGCUCAACUUAUUGCCUCUGUCCUGGGUUUUGUUGAGAACAAUCUGCGUCACGAAGACUGGCACCAUCGGGAUGCUGCAGUGUCUGCCUUUGGCGCCAUUAUGGAGGGUCCUGAUGAGAAAAUGCUCGAUCCCUUGGUCAAGCAGGCCAUGCCUGUGUUGAUCGGCAUGAUGGAUGAUAGCUCUAUUCACGUCAAGGACUCUGCAGCCUAUGCACUUGGACGCAUUUGCGAGAGUGUCCCAGACGCGAUCGACCCUGCCGUGCACUUGCCUCCAUUGAUUUCUGCACUCUUCACCGGUCUCUCCAGCAACCCCAAGAUGGCUGGUUCAUGCUGUUGGGCGCUCAUGAACCUUGCCGAGCGCUUUGCUGGUGAGCCUGGCUGCAACGAGAACCCUCUCUCGAAGCAUUUCCAGGACAGUGUCACUCAUAUCCUCCAGGUUACGGAGCGGGCCGACGCCGAUAACCAGCUGCGCACUGCUGCUUAUGAAGUAUUGAACACUUUCGUUCUCAACUCUGCAAAUGACAAUCUUCCAGUCGUUGCGACCCUUUCGGGCGUCGUUCUCCAGAGAUUAGAGAAGACUAUCCCUCUCCAGCAGCAGAUUGUUAGCGUUGAGGAUCGCAUCACAUUGGAGGAAAUGCAGACAAGCCUUAUCAGCGUGCUCCUGGCGAUCAUCCAGAGACUCGAGGGAGAGAUCAAGCCUCAGGCUGACCACAUCAUGCAUGUCCUCUUGCAAGUUCUCAGUACUGCCAACGCCAAAUCUAGCGUACCAGAUACAGCCUUUGCCGCUGUCGGUGCGCUGGCUAGUGCUCUCGAAGAGGAUUUCUUCAAGUACAUGGAUUCUUUUGCGCCAUUCCUUUAUAAUGCCCUUGGUAAUCAGGACGAACCUGGUCUGUGCGCGAUGGCCAUUGGUCUUGUCAGCGACAUUACUCGAUCCCUUGGAGAGAAGGCUCAACCGUAUUGCGACACGUUUAUGAAUUACCUUCUCAACAACCUUAGGAGCACAACACUCAGCAACCAGUUCAAGCCUGCUAUUCUGCAGUGCUUUGGCGACAUUGCCCAAGCCAUUGGGGGUCACUUCCAAACCUACCUCUCUGUCGUUGCUCAAGUGCUGCAGCAAGCCGCCACUGUUGUGGCAGGCAACGACGGCUCGUACGAGAUGCUCGACUAUGUCGUGUCACUUCGCGAGGGUAUCAUGGAUGCUUGGGGCGGCAUCAUCCUGGCGCUGAAGUCGGGCAAUAUUGUGUCGCUUUUGCAACCCUACAUUGACAUCAUUUUCCAGCUCCUUAGCAUUGUGUGGCAGGACCCUAACCGGAGCGAGUCACUUUUCCGGGCCUCUAUGGGAGUCAUUGGUGAUCUUGCCGACGCUUUCCCCAACGGCGAAUACGCACACUACUUCCGAUCCGAUUGGGUCACGUCAAUGAUUAAGGAGACAAGGUCAAACCGAGAAUUUUCGUCCCGGACAACUGACACUGCUCGUUGGGCUCGUGAGCAAGUCAAGCGUCAAACGAUUCCAGGAGUCAACCAGCAGGCUUGA